AUGGACGACGAUAGUACUUCAACGAAAGAACGGCCUACUCAUCUUCGAAAAUUCUAUCCGUUGGGUUUUCGACAUGAUGCGCAAGAACUAAGCAAAAUGACUGCAAUGCUGAUAUUUGCCUAUAUGUUAUCCAUAUGGUCAUUAUCGACUGUGUCAUUGAUUUUUAUGAGUCGUUUAGGUGAAGCAGAGUUCAAUGCUAGUGCACUGGCACUUACAAUUUAUACUCUAGUAAGCAAUACAGUGAUGAGUGGUAUCAAUUAUGGUAGUGAGACUCUUUUGCCACAAUGUUAUGGUGGAAAUAAACGUAAAAUGGGCAUUAUAGUGCAGCGUAGCAUAAUAAUUGCUGGUUAUGUUUGUUUUAUUAUUUGGGCAAUUCUAUUAAACAUGAAUCAGGAUACUGUUACAUUAAUUGAUAAUAUUCUUCGUUGUUAUUUACUUCUCGUACCGUUAGAUGCUGUUGCACUUUUACUACGAUCAUACAUAACAAGCAGUGGAAGGAUUUUCCCAACGGUAGUUAUUUAUCUUAUCGGGAAUGUUGUCAAUAUCAUUUCACAUUAUAUUUGUCUUUACCAUACUAACAUCAAUAUUUAUACAUCACCAUUAUCAAUUAUUUUAUCAUACUUAACUAUUGUGAUCGGUGUUAUUAUCUAUAUUCGCAUGUCAUUUUUCUAUGAGGAAACAUGGCAUCCAAUUACUCAUGCUUGUCUUCAGGAAUGGAAUAUUUAUUUGAAGUUGGCUCUUCCAGGUGUACUAUCAACUAUAAUUACAACCUGGUCAUUUCAACUCGGCAAUAUUUUUGCGGCUUCUCUUACUCCUCGUUCACUUUCGGCACAAGCAAUCGUUGUGCAAGUCAUAUCUUUUUUAUCUCUAACUAUGAUGGCAGUCGGUGAGUCAGGAACUAUUUUUAUUGGACAAAAUCUUGGUGCCAACAAACCAAAAGAAGCAAUCAAUGCUAAGAAUGUUACCUAUACAUUAGCCAUAAUUUUAUCAGGGAUAAACAUGAUUUUACUUGCCAUUAUCUAUUGGUGGUUACCAUAUAUCUUCGAAGCAAGUGCAGACACGAUUUCUCUCGCCAGAAGUAUUCUCUUAUGGGCUAGUCUUUAUAACUUGAUGGAUGGAUUGAAUAAUGUACAUCUUGCAAUAAUAAAAGCAUGGUAA